GAAACCGGACAGGGAAACCCCUAGGGUGGUUUUGGAUCCCGGUUUUGGCUACCUGGCACGCCACGCUGGACAUCUAGACACGGUGGCGCUCAGACCCACUUGCCAGGUGGGCCGGCAGUCAAUUUCGGCCCAUAUACAUCGGAUCUCAGCAACGGAGUCUCCCCAACUGCCAGAAGCGUCGCCGCGACGCCUCUUCUUCCUCGCCCUCUCCGCGACGCGGCACUCCGGCAAACCAGCGACGAAUCCAUGAUCGGAAGCAACAGUGGUUGAGUGGACUGCUACAGGAGAACGAGGUGAGUCCGCAAAGCUGGAUUGACUAGCAGUUGUUCGUAUUCUGGUCGCGAUUUGUCCUAGGUUUCGGACGAUGUUGGGGUUUUCUUGGGUUUUUUGGUCCGCCUGUAAAUCGUCCAUUUAUUCAUGGAUUGUGUAGUGUGAAUUAUGUAAAGAAAGCAGUUUUGAAGGACAUGCUUACAGAUGUUUCACUUGCAAAGUGCAAGAGAGCAAAGGCUUUAGUCCUUAAGGCUGCACUGGAUUCAAUGAAGGGAGAAUAUUCUAGAGUGUUUGAUUACCAGCAGGAGUUGUUAAGGAGUAACCCUGGCAGUACUGUGGUGGUAUGUAUGAAUCCAGAUAUUAUGGACAAAUUAGUGUACCAGAGGUUCUAUGUUUGCUUUGAUGCUUGCAAAAAAGGUUUUCUUGCUGGUUGCAGAAGAGUAAUUGGGUUGGAUGGAUGUUGGUUCAAGGGAGCAACAAAUGGUGAGUUGUUAUGUGCCAUUGGAAGGGAUGGCAAUAAUCAGAUGUAUCCUAUUGCCUGGGCAGCAGUGGAGAAGGAAACAAAUGAUACUUGGUACUGGUUCCUUGGAUUGCUGCAGAAGGACCUAAACAUCAAUGAUGGGGGUGAAGGUUGGGUAAUCAUCUCUGACCAACAAAAGGGGCUGUUAAAUGCAGUGGAAGCUUUGGUUCCAAAUGCAGAGCACAGGAUGUGUGCAAGACAUAUAUAUGCAAACUGGAGGAAAAAAUAUACAGAUAAGGAUCUACAGAAAAAAUGGUGGAGAUGUGCAAAGUCAUCAUGUAGCACACAGUUCAACUACAAUAGGGCAUUGCUGGCUAAGGAGACACCAGCUGGGGCCAGGGACAUGAUGAAUACUGCACUAGAAUAUUGGAGCAGGGCCUUUUUCAAGCUUGGAUCAAACUGUGACUCAGUUGAUAACAAUCUAUGUGAGAGUUUCAACCAAUGUAUCAUUGAUGCAAGGUUCUUGCCAGUGAUAUCAAUGAAUGAGGCCAUAAGGCGCAAGGUAAUGGUCAGGAUUCAAGAAAAUAGGGCAAAGGCAGAAAAAUGGAAAGGGACAAUCUGUCCUAAUAUAUUUAAGAAGCUUAAGAUGAAUAUUGUCAGGUCUGGUAACUGCUAUGUGCUCUGGAACGGGCAAGAUGGAUUUGAGGUGCAAGAGAAAGAGCACAGGAGGUAUACAGUUAAUUUGCAAGAGAGAACAUGUACUUGUAGGUACUGGCAAAUAUCAGGCCUACCCUGUUGCCAUGCAAUAAGCUCAAUUUACAUGGCAUCUAAACAACUGGAUGACUUCAUUGCACCUUGUUUCAAGAUUUCAGAGUACAUGAUGACAUAUCAGUAUUGCUUGCAGCCUGUUCAAGGACCAGACAAUUGGCCAAUUUCAGACAUGCCCAAACCCCUUCCCCCUGCAUAUGUCAAGAUGCCAGGAAGGCCGAAGACAGAAAGAAGAAGAGAACCAGGAGAAGCUCCAAAAGGAACCAAACUAAGCAGGAAGGGAAUCAAGAUGAAAUGCAGUUUAUGUAGGAAAAGUACUCACAAUGCUAGGAAUUGUCCACUAAAUCCAGAAGCUGAGAAAAAGAAAAAUGCUUACAUCAAGAGAGAUGUUGCUAGGCAGAAGCAGAAGGAAAGAGAAGCAUCUAGCUCGGCUGCUGCAACAAUUAACCCAAGUGGGGGAUCAACAUCUAGUGCCAACAAGAGGAAGAAAACACAGUCAUUGGGUGAUGUGGGCACCCAGCAGAGUCAAGCUCCACACGCUGCAGGAAGAGUAGGCACCCAGCAGAGUCAAGCUCCACAAGCUGCAGGAAGAGUAGGCACCACACAUCGGCAGGGAGGCCAAAGUACUACAAAGAGGAGCAGAUUGGCACAUUUGUUGUUUGGGGACAACUACUGAAACUGGAUGUGCAAACUGAAACUUUAGCUUCUGAAGUAGGCCUGGAUGGUCAGUCUUUUGGUGUACAGCAUGGAUGGUCAGUCUUUUGGUGUAGGCAUGGAUAUU